AUGGUGCCACCAACUGGUGUGCCACAGCAACCUGCUAGUGAGCCAAUGUCCUUUUAUAGGGACCCAACUGCAGAGGAAAGAAUGCAUGAGAUUGUUCAAGACCUUUAUGGUCCAGGGGUGAAAAGGCUUGAAAGGCCUAGGUUUAGGAAACCAUACCCUCAAUGGGUAGAUGAUGAACCUUUUCCUAGGAGCAACAGGGUCCCUAAGUUUUCCUUAUUUCAUGGUGAGGAAAACCAAUCAAUAAUUGAACACAUAGGGAGGUUUACUCUACAAUGUGGAAAAGCAGGAAAUAAUGACAUACUUAAAAUGAGGUUAUUUCCACAUUCUCUGUCUAGGAUUGCUUUCACAUGGUUCAUUAAUUUGCCUGCUGAUUCAAUUCAUACUUGGGUAGAAAUGGAGAGUAAGUUUCAUGCUCAGUUUUAUAGAACUGAGCCAAAAUCAUCUAGGGCAACAAGAUAUGAGUCAAUUCUUAGAGAGGAGAGACAUAGGAAUGCAAAUUCUUAUGGAACUUAUUUCCAAGAAGUUGAUGUGGAAAUAGAAAUUGAUGUUGAUGUGGGUCAAGUGUCAUCUAGGGCAACAAGAUAUGAGUCAAUUCUUAGAGAGGAGAGACAUAGGAAUGCAAAUUCUUAUGGAACUUAUUUCCAAGAAGUUGAUGUGGAAAUAGAAAUUGAUGUUGAUGUGGGUCAAGUGGUUGGCAAAACACCAGUGAUUUGUGGAACUUUGAGGAAACUGGGCAAACCAGUGAACAUGCCAGCAAAUCAGCCAGCCAAAAGAAACAUAAACCCCACAUUUAGGCAGUAUUCUUUUGAUUUGUCAAAAGCUGAUGCCAUUUUUGAUGAGUUGUUAGCUAAUAAGUUUUUAACAUUGUCCCCUGGGCAUAGAAUUCCAAAAAAAGACAGAGUAGGGAAAACAUAUUGUAAAUGGCAUAACACUUUUAGACAUUCUACCAACAAUUGUGUAAAUUUCAGAAAUUGUGUGCAGGAUUUAAUACAAAAGGGACUGUUGAAAUAUGCAGAAAAUGAAAAGGGAGUUAUGGCAAUGGACAGAAAUUCCUUUCCAGAGAUGGCACCAAUCCAUAUGGUGUUAGCUAGCAUUAAAAAGAAGACACCAAACCUAACUAUUUUGGUUUCUGAUUUGGAAAGGAUUCACAAGGAGAAGCAGAAGAAGGGAAAGAAAGUGAUUGAUGAAGACAAGUUUGCAUGGACAAGAUGUUGA